ACAGAGGGACCACGACUCUGAUCAAUCGCCACCUCGCAAACGUGAGCGUUCUGUUCGAAAAAGAAGAGGUUCUGAUUCUGACCAAUCACCACCUCGCAGGCGUGAUCGGUCGUCCCAACACCCUGACGUUAAAACUGAAAUCGAUUCCGAUCAAUCUCCUCCUAGAAACGAUCGUUCUCGAGGGCGAACAAGAGGCUCAGAUUCAGACUUAUCCCCACCUCGAAAACAUGGGAAACCUUCAUCUCACCGACGUGAAUCAGAAAAGCCUCGAGAAAGACACAUAGCAACACCUGAACGACUCGGUAAAGAAGCUCAGCGAACUCUCGACGGGAAAGUAGCUGGAUUGCAAUCAGCGGCCGAUCUUAAAAAAGAAGCAGAAAAGCUCCGUGAACGUGAAGCAAAGAUGUUCGAGGAAAUGGAUGCUUCGAUAAGUGGCCGAAAUGCAGAAACUACCGUGCGGCAAAAACAAGUGCGAAAAGGU